GUUGAAUUCGAAAGGGCUGUGAUCAAUUUUGUGAAUGAAAAUAUCAUAAAAAAGAGUAGCGUAAAUGAGAAUGUUAUAAAGAAGAGUGGCAUGAACAAGAACAUCAUAAAGGAGAGUGUCGUGAAACAUCGUAAAGAAGAGUGUUGUGAAUGUAAAUAUUGUAAAGAAGAAUGUUGUGAAUGUGAAUGUUGUAAAGAAGAAUAUCGUAAAUGUGAAUGUUGUAAAGAAGAAUAUCAUGAAUGA